AUGUCGCAUCUUCUGAACCUUCUUGCCCUCGUCGCCGUCAUCGGCAUGGUUUCGGCAUACUACGUCGUUGUCCCUUCACAAACCGAUGAGGUUCGCGCUUACCGCCGACUGCCUCACGACGAACUCAGACGCGUCAAGCGCCAAUUCGGCGACUUUAUGCCCAGUUCACUUGGCCAAAUGGCCGGAAUGAUGGGUGGUGGAUUCCCGGGCAUGGUCCAGUCGAGCCAAGACCGCUGGGGCUCGUUCAAGCAGGAGCGCAACGGCGGCUUCAGCAACUCCGACAAGGCCUUCAUCAUCGGA